AUGUUAAUCAAACUAUUAAAAUAUUAUUCAUUAUCUCUAGUAGUUUCUGUAAAACGUUCAGCUACUAUUCAAUCUGGCGUUAAUUUAAGUUAUCAAAUGGAACUAUUAAACGAUAAUAAACAAUUUAAAAAGGCACUCGAAUUAUUUGAAGACCAUACGAAGAAUAGUACUAAAACAUUUUCAAGCUCCAUCAUUACACAAGCUUUAAAAGCAUGUACUCAUCUAGGAGAUCUUGAACGUGGAAAGACUAUUCAUCAACUUAUUUCAUCACGUACAAAAGAUGAUUUUUAUAUAACGACAUCAUUAAUUCAUCUCUAUAUGCAAUGUUAUGAUCUGGCAUCUGCUGAAUUAUUAUUUGAUACAACAGCAAAAAAAAAAUUAUCAAUAUAUGGAGCGAUGAUGAAAGGUUAUAUAAAAAAUAAGCAAGCAAAGAAAGCAAUUGAUCUUUUCAAUCAAAUUGAUAAACCCGAUGAAAUAACUAUCAAUCUCUUUUUCAAUGCUUGUGCACAAUUAGGAACUCCAGAAGCACUAAAUUUAGUAAAUCAAGUCUCAAACAAAAUUCCAAAAUUAUUUUAUUCAAAUUCGAUUCUUAUUGCUUCACUCUUAGAUGCAUUAAUGAAAUGUGGUGAUGUUAAACAUGCAGAAUUAUUAUUCGAUAAAUCAAAAAUUAGAGUACUAUCAAUGUAUGGAGCAAUGAUGAAAGGUUAUAUAAAAAAUAAUAAAGCAAAGAAAGCAAUUGAUCUUUUCGAUCAAAUUAAAAAUCCUAAUGAAGUUGUUUUCAUUCUGUUAUUUAAUGCUUGUGCUCAAUUAAGAACUUUGGAAGCACUAAAUCUAGUGAAACAAAUUUCUUCAGAAAUUCCGAAAUCAUUUCAUUCAAAUUCGUCUCUUAUAACUUCACUCUUAGAUGCAUUAAUGAAAUGUGGCGAUGUUCAACAUGCAGAAUCAUUAUUCGAUAAAUCAAAAAUUAAAGUACCAUCAAUGUACGGUGCAAUGAUGAAAGGUUAUAUUCAAAAUAAUAAAGCAAAGAAAGCAAUUGAUCUUUUUAGUCAAAUUAAAAAUCCUAAUGAUAUUAUUAUAAAUCUCUUAUUUAAUGCUUGUGCACAAUUAGGAACUCCAGAAGCAUUAAAUUUAGUAAACCGAGUUUCAAACACAAUUCAAAAAUUGUUUCAUUCAAAUUCAAUUCUUAUAACUUCACUCUUAGAUGCAUUAAUGAAAUGUGGUGAUGUUAAACAUGCAAAAUCAUUGUUUGAUAAAACAACAAAUAAAAUAUUACCAAUGUAUGGAGCAAUGAUGAAUGGAUUUAAUUUGGAAAAUAAUCCAGAAGAAACAUUAAAUUUAUUUAAUAAAAUGAAAGUUGAUAAUAUUGAAGGAAGUAUAGUUGUUUUCCUUUGUGUUAUCAAAGCUUUAUCACAAAUCGGUGAUUAUAGUUUAUGCCAAUCGAUUAUUAAACAGAUUCCCAAUAGUUUUUUUGUUAAUACUGAAAUUCAGUAUGCAUUAAUUGAUAUGUGGGGAAAAUCUGGUCAUGUGGAUCUUGCAAAAGAGAUUUUUGAAAAACUUUCACAACCAAAUCAGGUCGAAUACACAAACAUGAUUAAUGGUUAUGGUUUAAAUGGAAUGGGUAUCCGAGCUAUUGAACUAUAUUAUAAGAUGCCAAAAGAAUUUCUGGAUGAUGCGAUAUAUGUUUGUAUUUUAAAUGCUUGUUCACAUUCAGGACUUGUUCAAGAAGCUCGUUCAAUUUUCGAAAGUAUUGAAAUGAAAACUGAGAAAGUUUAUGGUGUUAUGAUUGAUUGUCUGAGCCGUGCAUCGCUUUUUGAUGAAGCUGAAAAAGUAAUUGAUGAAUAUGAAUAUGAUCAUUCACCAUCAUCAUCCAUGUAUAUGGCAGUAUUAUCAGGUGCAAGAAAUAUUAAAAAUGCUGGCUUAUCACAAAAGACAUACGACCAUAUGAAGAAACUUUUCUCUCAAUCAACAAAUCCUUUAACGUCAGCUGCAGUUCUUCUUGCAAAUACUUAUGCAUCAUCAGGUGAUAUUGAAAAAGCAUCGAAUAUUCGAAAUGAAUUACACAAAUCAGGUCAAAAGAAAAAAAUGGGUCUCACAUCGACUGUAGUCAAUGGAGAAUUCUAUGUAAGUCUACAAUUACAAUAA